AUGGACCACUUCAAGAGAGAGUUUUUUGGACCUCGGGUUGAGCACAUCCCCGAUACCCCCGAUACUGCCAACCGAGGUUCGAUGCAACAAGUUUCCUCUCCCCGGGCCACACAGCACACUAGACUGGAAAGAGUCAUGACCUCGACUGAGCCUUGGGUUUGCGUGUUUGGAUCGAACCUAUUUUAUCAGUCGGACCCAGAUGAAGACCGAACAAGGAGCUCAACAACCAAGAAGAAGAUCAUCCAUCCAAGAAAAUUGAAGCAGACUAGGAUCACAAAGGAUGCUCGGUCGACUUCGGUGGUUGGUGUUGAAAUUCUUCAUGUGACUGAUUCACAAACGCUGGUUCAUUACCAACGAGCCAACGAAAACACUCCAGAUUCAUGUCCAAGUUAUCUAGAAAUUUGGGGCUUCGACGAGGAAAAUCAAUCGACCGAGGUCAAAACUUUAUCAAACAACUGUUUGAUCUCACAUCCGCUUGAUCAAGUCAAGAAAUGGCUUGGAAGGACAAAGAUUCUGGGAUACCUUGCAAGAGAUGGUACGAUCAAUCCAAUCAAUAUGAAUACCCCGGCUUCGACUGGAUCUCCGACAAGGAAUUCGGCCCGUUAUCAAGCCGUUACGAUCAGUGAUAAUGGGGAAGUCCUAGCUGCAGUUUUGGAUCAUGAAUCUACUCGAACACCGUCAAAUUUGAAAACAGAGGAUCAAUCAACUCAUCGUCUAGAAUUGUGGUCAUCCUUUCAAGAACUAUUGGACUUUUGUCUCAAGGGCGUUAGGACCAAUUCAAAUCCGAAAUCAAUUAGUUUAGAUAGUCAUCCAUCGGGGGAAGAGACGGAAAUCCAACUUUCCUCGGGUGCUGCGCAUUUCCUUAUUCUGACUCACACCCCCUCGACGGGAUCGAUCAAAGGAGCCGAAGAUCCGGAUUAUCAUUCGACCUUAUAUGCGUUUGGGGACAAUCGGUUCGGUCAAUUAGGAAUAGGAUCUCGCUCGAUUGCGAUUAAUGAACCACAGAUGAUCGAAAAUCUACCAGCACUAUCAACUAUCGAUUGCGGCUUAUUCCACAGUGUGGCCUUAGGUCGAGAUGGCGAACUUUACACGUUUGGUCACAAUCGUAAAGGUCAAUGUGGUGUUGGAAGCUCAAGUACAAUUGACACAACCACUCCUAUCUUGGUCGAUAUUGGAGGCAAUGGUGAGGCUGGUGAGAUCAUUGACGUGAUUGAUGCCCGAUGCGGGAGUGAGCAUACUGUGGUACUUACAUCUUCAGGGGUAUGGCUGGCUGGUUCGACCUCGUCAUGUGUUCCAGAUGCUCUCGGUCAACUUGGAAUGGAAGACGCAAGCUCUCAGUUCGAAUUCCAGAAGAAUGAACACAUUACAAUGGGUGAUCAUGCCAGUACGACAGCAGGGUGGAAGAUUCAAGCUGGACGCUGGAAUACUUUUGUUUGGACAAACUCGUGA